UUAAAAAAAAAAAAAAACAAUGGCUGAAGAAAGGCAGUUCAGAUUGGUAAAGUUCAUUCAAGUUCAUAGGCUUUUGUCUUAAUUCUUCCCUGAUCCGUGAAAGCAAAGCCCUGGUGUUUAAGAGGCUAAGUGAGGGAAUACAAAUCUUUUUCUACCUUCUCUCUCCUAGAAGUUCCAGCUCAUUUUCCUCAACUUCAAGAUUCUUCUAAGAGCUGAAGUCGAAGAAAGAGUCUCACUCUUUCUCUACGUGUGUGGGGAUUUCUUGGAGGAAGGAGGGAGAGAGGAAGGGAAGGAGACUGAAACGCAUGCGCGCUUCUGAGAGCCAAGUGCCUAUAAUAAGAGAGCAAGCGAAAGGGGCAGUGAGCGCGAGCCGGAGUUGUGCAGUAGAAAGAAGGCGAGGGGAAUGUGCGAGCAGCUGCCAGACGUCUCCCCAGCCUCCGCUGCCACCGUUCACUACCUCUCUCCACUGCGUGGCUUCUCCUAGUGCCCGGGAAAAGGACAGAGGCAAAUAAAAGGGGCAGUGUUGGGGAUCGGGGAAGCCGCAAGAAGGAGUGGUUCUGGUGGAGAGAUUGCAGCGCUGUGCAGCCUGGUGGGAGCUCCCAUCGGCCUGCAACUGGGAGAAGGGAGCAAGCCCUGGAGCUGCUCCCAGCGGCGGCAGGAGUACCCCCAUCCCAGCCAGCAGGCACCGCACCGGCACCGGCACCAGCACCAGCACCAGCACCAGCACCAGCAGCGCACGAGACGAAGAGGUUCAGCCGGCCAAGUUAGCCGAGAGUAGGACGGCAGGAGGCAGCCGCCGCCACUCUCCUCUUCCCCCGGAGCCAGACACGAGCUGCUCCUGAAGCUGGUCUAGGGGGUCUCCGGUUUCUUUCGGCAGAGGGCUUGUUGGUGUUGGUGGGGGAGGUGCUUUUUUUCAGCGGGGUCCUCGGACUGAGUGUCCAGGCAUUUCACAUCUGCCCUCCAUGGGACACUGGGCUGCUCCUCAGAAAGGGUUUCCUUGCACAGCGCGAGUUUUUCAACGUGAACCACGCGGACAAAGUUUGGAAAUGAGAAGGGAGAAAUUGAGGAGCCGCCGCACUUGCUGUUGCACUUGCUUGUAACAAGCGCCCUCAACACCCCCUAGCCCACCUCCCUCGCGCGCUCUCCUCUCCUUUCUAUCUCCUGCUCUCUGCUGGUAUAAAGCGGGUCCCGCCUCGCCUGUCACCCUGGAAUCUGAUUGCUGGUAUCCCUCGGGAGUAUAAUUAAUUGGCCCAGUGGAAAGGGCGUGGGCCCCGGGAAAGGAACUCCCUAGGUGCUUCUGUUGGCUUUUGCGGGGCGUAUCCUCGGUGGGAUGUCCGUGGAGUUGACGCUUGCUUGGGAACACCUCUAAGAGCCAUCACUCCUCGCCACCAUAGUGGGGACGUCCCCGCAGUUCCUCUGACUUGCCACAGGAACUACUACCGCCUGGGAGCCACCAGGCUUCCAUUCUCUCAGACUCCUGGAAGCUCCUGCCCAACUACUCUCCACCGCGAUUGUACCUUAUUAAGACGCUGGAGAAUGUGGGGAUGAUGGCUUAGGAGCCGCCUUCUCCAUCAAAUCGUCGAUCACCCGUGUUCGGUUUCCCCUGGACUGGAGGGGGAAAGAAGGGUGCUGACCGCAUGGAAAGGGGCGAGCUCCGCCAGGACUUCUUCUGAACCCCUUUGUGACUGUCCCUUCUACUCAGCCCCGGGAUCUUUGUCAGAGCCCCGGGUCCGGGCGCUAACCGACAUAAGUGUCCCCACGGGGUCCCUCCGCCCACUGGAGCCCAAGCUCCGGGUGGUGCCAUGUGGGGCGGACGUCUGUGGUGCUCUUCGUCCUCCUCCUCCUCCUCCCCCACCCUCCUGCAGCUGCUGCUGGCGGCGCUGCUGGCGGCAGGGGCGCGGGCCAGCGGGGAGUACUGCCACGGCUGGCUGGACGCGCAGGGCGUCUGGCGGAUCGGCUUCCAGUGUCCCGAGCGCUUCGACGGCGGCGAUGCUACCAUCUGCUGCGGCAGCUGCGCCUUGCGCUACUGCUGCUCCAGCGCAGACGCGCGGCUGGACCAGGGCGGCUGCGACAACGACCGCCAGCAGGGGGGUAGCGAGCCCGGCCGCUCGGACAAAGAGAGCCCCGACGGCGCCGCAGUGCCCAUCUAUGUGCCCUUCCUCAUCGUGGGGUCUGUGUUCGUUGCCUUUAUCAUCCUGGGGUCUUUAGUGGCCGCUUGCUGCUGCAGAUGUUUGCGUCCCAAGCAGGAACCCCAGCAGAGCCGAGCCCCUGGAGGGAACCGACUGAUGGAGACCAUCCCCAUGAUUCCAAGUGCCAGCACUUCUCGUGGAUCCUCCUCCCGUCAGUCAAGCACCGCUGCCAGCUCAAGUUCCAGUGCCAAUUCGGGUGCCAGAGCUCCCCCAACAAGGUCACAGACCAACUGCUGUUUGCCAGAAGGGACCAUGAAUAAUGUAUAUGUCAACAUGCCAACUAAUUUCUCAGUCUUGAACUGUCAGCAGGCUACGCAGAUUGUGCCCCACCAAGGGCAGUACCUGCACCCCCAGUAUGUGGGCUACACGGUACAACAUGACUCCAUGCCCAUGACACCUGUGCCGCCCUUCCUGGACGGGCUGCAGACUGGAUACAGGCAAAUUCAAUCUCCUUAUCCCCAUGCCAGUAGUGAACAGAAGAUGUACCCAGCAGUGACUGUGUAAACUCACGGACAACAAAACUGGCUUUCAGUACCUAAGAUGAACAGGCAAGAAAUACUUUGGGAAUGAAUCCACAUACGAUCCAUAUGGGGGAAAAGUUGCUAAAUGGAAAUCUUUGAAUGUUGGAUGGCAUUUUUUUUCUUUGGAAAGCAUUUCUUUUUGAUGGGUUCAUUUGCACCAAACACUAUGACAGUAGCUCUCAAUUAA